CGAAGUGUUCCUUGCCAUGCUCUCCACCAGCUGCCGGAAGAGGCCUCGCGUACUGAAAGACAAGCCAAGGACGGUCUCAAAGCCGCAGCGUCUUUUGGCCGUGGCAAGAUGUUGUAGAGACUGUGGUCUUCGAUUGUCUGCCUUAGAAGACGCACUACAUCAGUGCAGCAAAGCCUUUGAUUGGCCUUUUCCAGCUGAAACUAUUUGUAGCGCAUCUGCUUCUUCUGGACAAUGCCGUUUGGUGCGGCUUGGUGCCAACACUUUGCGUGGGACCACGCUGAGCCGUUUAGCUGAGCUGUGGGAGACGAUUCGAGAAACCGAUUUGUCCCAUUCAUUGGACUUGCCCAGUGGAGAACGAUUGGCCAAUGGAAGUGCUUGGCUCUUGAUGGCAUUGAAAGGUCGGGAAGUUCUGGGACUUCUGAGUGCUGAGCGGAUUGCGGGGACUUCAUCAGCUUGCCUCGAUUCUUCUGGAUCUGGGAUGAAGCAGAAGUCUGAGACAGAUGCCAGCAAGGCAGACAUUGGACAAAGGACCAAGCCGACAUUGGGCGUGGCGGUGGUUUGGGUCCGUCGUCGCGAACGCCGGCGUGGCCUUGCGACAUCACUGGUGGACUGCUUGCGGCGCCUCAACGGAGGAGGCUCGGUGGCCUUUUCACAGCCCACAGAGCUGGGCUUCAACUUCGCCUCGAGCUAUUCCUGCAGGCAACACACAGGGCCGCUCGUGUAUGAUCCUGAUUGGAGUGAUGAGUCCAAGUGAUCGAAGUUGGAGUGAGCUUCCGGGGUUCAACGGGUUCAAUGGGUCCAACUGCAACGUCGAAAGUUGCCUCGCAAAGAGGCAUGAUGAGGCAGUUGAUUAGUUUCUUUUACAGGGGUUGUUUGAGUUGGGGAAAUCCACGUGACAAUCAUGCACGUGUUCGAAGUCAAGAUAUCUCAUGAACCCAAGCUGGAGGGCUCAUGAAUGGCAGAAAAAAUAUUUCACAAUGCAUGAUGCAGGCG